GGGUCCAAACAUUUAAACCAAUCAACAAAAAUUGUGUUUGUUUACUGGUGUAGAACUCAAAAUCAAUGUGUUAUGCAUCUCUCACUUCCUAUAACAAAUGGCUUCGAAAGAAUGGUAGAGACCUUCGCCCCCUCCGCGCCUCCGUUCCAUGGCCUCGAGGGCCGCCCCUCGCCCUUCCCGCCGAAGAUGAUCUCUUCUCCUGCGAAGGUACACAACCCGAUUGUCGCGAUUACGAAAACGGGAUUCCGUAAUAAGGGGGAAAAAGUAGAACUAGAAGAAGCAAUUCUACUUUUGGAAGAUCAUACCUUGAAAGGAAGGAAACCAAAUGAUCAGAACUGGUACUACAAUGAGCUCAUCUCCCUCUGUAUAUCCCGAAAGGCUUUUCAUGAAGGGCGGCUCCUUCGGUCGCACAUGGCCCGCGUCGGGCUCGAGCCGGGCCUCUUCAUGGAUAACCAGUUCAUCAACUUAUAUGCAAAAUGCGGAGAGAUUGAAAUGGCAAGGGCGCUGUUCGAUGGUAUGAAAGAAAGGAAUGUGGUUUCCUGGAAUGCUCUUCUUGCGGGCUACUGCUUGAAUAAGCAGUUCUUGGAUGCUGUUAAGCUCUUUCGAACAAUGGCCGAGUCAGGACCGAGUCCAAACUACGUGACCUAUCUCAGUGCACUUCGCGCUUCAGUCGGCCUGGGGAAUGUUGAAGUCGGAAAACAGAUUCACUCUCGGCUCAUAAAAACAGGCUUUAUCUCUCGAAUUGAAGUAGGAAAUGCAAUGAUCAAUACAUACUCUGAACUUGGACUGAUCGAAGAAUCAGAAGCAGUGUAUAAUGGAAUGGCUGAGAAAGACGUAGUUUCGUGGAAUUCGCUUAUAUCUGCAAAGGUUCAAAACCAGCUUACCUCUCAGGCUCUGUUGUUGUUUAUCGCUAUGCAGAUAGAAGGCUACACGCCCGACGAGUUUACUUUCGCAAGCCUGCUCGGACCAAGAGAUAUGGCAAUCGCUGAGGAGCUUCACGCACAGAUUUCAAAGCGCGAGCUGGCAGGCAUGUUUGCUGGAAGCGCCCUUCUUGACGCAUAUGCCAGAGUUGGGAAUCCACGGGCUGCAGUGGACGUGUUUAAUUCGAUGACAAAGAGAAGCAUCGUCACCUGGAACUCUGUAAUCGAUGCGUGCUUUAAGAACAAUAUGGCGGAUGAAGGUCUAAAGCUAUUUCUCCAAAUGAGUUGCGAGCAGAGUGUGCUUCCCGACGAGUAUACAAUUGCCAUCAUGCUGAAGGGGGCCGCAAGUGAAUUAAUGAUUGGUACAGGGAAAUCAAUACAUGGCCUCGCAGUUAAGAUGGGCCGGCACACGGAGACUACGAUUGGGAAUAACCUGAUCGCCAUGUACGGCAGACAUGAAGCAGUUUCUGAUUCCUGGCAAGCUUUCACUUUGAUUUCCGAACCUGACAUUGUAUCUUGGAAUUCCAUAGUACAAUCAUACAUUAAAAAUGGGAAAUUUGAGAGGGGUUUAAUUCUUUUCGUGGAAAUGAAGCUUGAGGGGAUCGAGCCAGACGAGUUGAGCUUCGUCGCUGCAUUAAAUGCUUGUGCUUCUCUGACUAGGUAUACGGCUGGAAAAGAAGUGCAUGGUGAAUUAAUCAAAAGAGGCAUCUCAUCAAAUGCAUUUAUAGAAAGUGCACUUAUAGAUAUGUACGCCAAAUCCAUGGCCAUAAAUGAUGCAAAAAAGGUAUUUGAUUGCGUACAAAAGAAAGAUACAAUCACCUGGAACUCAAUUAUUUCUGGGUUUGCUCAAUUUGGUGAUUUAGAUCGAGUUCUGAAGCUACUCAAUUCUAUGAGAGAACAAAAUAUCGAAUUGGAUAACUUUACCUUCGCCACUAUUCUUGCAGCAUGUGCGGAUUCCACAGCAAUGCAACUGGGAAAGCAAGUCCAUGCUUUAAACCUAAAAUCCGAACUGUGCGCCGAUGCAGCUGUUUCAAAUGCCCUAAUAACCAUGUAUAGUAAAGCCGGAAGUAUAAAGGAAGCCGAAAAGAUAUUUUCUAAACUUAGUUUUAAGAAUACAGCAUCGUGGAAUGCAAUGAUUGGAGGUCUUGCUCAAAGUGGUUAUUUCAAAGAGGCUACUGAAACCUUUGAUCAAAUGGGGAAAAGCGGAUCCAAACCAGAUGGAAAAACUUUCAAUGCAUUGCUCGCAGCUUGUAGUUACGCAAAUAUGACUAAUGAAGCUACAAAAUACUUCAAACUGAUGGGAAAAUAUGGGAUUAGACCUAAUUUCGAUCAUUACGCAUGCCUGGUGGAUAUUCUAGCACGAGCAGGGAGAUUAGAAGAAGCAGAGAAAUUAAUAAACGAAAUGCCUUUCAAGCCCACUACUUUAAUCUGGAAAAUGCUACUAAGUGGUUGCAGAAUUUAUGGGGACUUAGCAAGGGGUAAAAGGUCGAUGGAGAAUAUAGUAGCUUUAGACCCUUGUGAUUCUGCGGCUUAUGUGUUGCUCUCCCAUAUAUAUGCUGCAAAGGAGAGGUGGGAUGAAGUAAGAAUAGUCAGGCAAACGAUGAAGAGGAAUGGAGUAAAUAAAGAGCCUGGGAAAAGUUGGAUUGAGGUAGACAACAAAAUACACGAGUUUGUGGCAAGUGAUCGAUCACAUCCACGGACAAAUGAAAUAUACUUUGAAUUGAUUGGAUUGUUUAAACAGUUGAAGGAUGACGGUUCUGAUACCGGUAUAGAUCAUGGUAUAGAUCAUUAAUGAUAAACGCAAUGAACUUCUAAUAGGUAACUGUUUUUAUCUAUGUUUUGGAACC